AAUUUCCAAAAAUCCAAAACCAUGAAGUAUCUAUGGCUGCUGCUGCUCUGUCUUUUCUCAGUUCAAACUCAAGCUGCUGAUGAUGACUACGCAGGCUUCUUGGAUGCCCGUGGACAUCGACCUAUUGACAGGAGAAAGGAACAGGCUCCUAGCCUGAGACCUGCCCCCGCUCCUAUCAGUGGAGGUGGCUAUCGAGCCCGUCCAGCCAAAGUGGUUGCCAGCCAGAAGAAAGUGGAAAGAGAAGCCCCUGAUGCAGGAGGCUGUUUUCACGCUGACAAAGACCAGGGAGUGUUGUGUCCUACAGGGUGUCAAUUGCAACAGACUUUGAUAAACCAGGAAAGGCCAAUCAAGGCGAGUGUUGCUGACUUAAAUAACAACAUACAGUCCGUUUCUGAGACCUCCUCCACCACCUUCCAGUACCUGACUCUGCUAAAAGACAUGUGGAAAAAGAAGCAGGCCCAAGUUAAAGAUAAUGAAAAUGUCAUAAAUGAGUAUUCCUCCAUUCUGGAAGACCAGAGAUUAUAUAUUGAUGAGACCGUGAAUGAUAACAUCCCCCUUAAUCUUCGUGUGCUCCGCUCAAUCCUGGAGAAUCUGAGAAGCAAAAUACAAAAAUUAGAAUCUGACAUCUCGGCUCAGAUGGAAUACUGUCGCACCCCAUGCACUGUCAGCUGCAAUAUUCCUGUAGUUUCUGGCAAAGAAUGUGAGGAUAUCAUUAGGAAAGGAGGCGAGACAUCUGAAAUGUAUCUCAUUCAGCCUGACAUCUCCAGCAAGCCAUACAGAGCCUACUGUGACAUGGAAACAGAAAAUGGAGGUUGGACACUCAUACAGAACCGUCAGGAUGGCAGUGUCGACUUUGGCAGGAAAUGGGACCCAUACAAAAAAGGAUUUGGAAAUAUUGCAACCAACGAAGAUGGGAAGAAGUACUGUGGCUUACCAGGUGAAUAUUGGCUUGGGAACGAUAAGAUUAGCCAGCUCACCAGGAUGGGACCCACGGAACUUCUGAUCGAAAUGGAGGACUGGAAAGGAGACAAAGUGAAGGCACGUUAUGGAGGGUUCACAGUGCAGAAUGAGGCUAGCAAAUACCAAGUCUCUGUGGACAAGUACAAAGGGACAGCUGGUAAUGCCCUCAUGGAUGGAGCCUCUCAGCUGGUGGGGGAAAACAGGACCAUGACCAUCCAUAAUGGCAUGUUCUUCAGCACGUACGACAGGGACAAUGAUGGCUGGUUAACUACAGAUCCAAAAAAGCAGUGCUCAAGAGAAGAUGGUGGUGGAUGGUGGUAUAACAGAUGCCAUGCAGCCAAUCCAAAUGGCAGAUACUACUGGGGUGGUGUUUACAGCUGGGACAUGUCCAAGCAUGGUACAGAUGAUGGUGUAGUGUGGAUGAACUGGAAGGGAUCAUGGUACUCCAUGAGGAAGAUGUCUAUGAAGAUCAGGCCCUUCUUCUCACAGCAAUAGUCCCCCAAAUGCAGACUUU